AUGAGCACUACACUUCUGCAGCCUAAUGCCGAUGUGCCACAAACACCGCAGGAGAAUGCUGCUUCGGGAGCUAUCCAUGAGGGCAUUGGUGAGCGCCGCACCAGCGUCAGCAUAUCGGACUUGACUGGAAAUGGAGUAUCAGGUCCACUAAUCGCGACCUCUCCGAAUUUGGAAGAUGCCUUGUCUCGUCGCGCUCAAGCUAUGGCAUUACAUGCUAUGCUAUGGGAGAUCUUCAUAUCGGUUUUUGAAACUCGCUUCACGCUGUGGUUGGGGCGGAAUUGCAUGCCCUAUUUGGAAACAACGCUGGUUAGUACACCACAUUUUCCAGGUUCUACUCGAUUAUCCCCAACUGAGCAUAUGCAGGGAACAAAGGCAUCCAUUUUCAGGACUGUUCUGUACUUGGACAAAGUUGACUCUGAACACGCCUCGAGCCUAGGGUCACAUGCUGUUGUUUCAAAUGAGGAUCAAGAGGAGCUCAAGGUUAGGAAACGCAAAAUCGAUAAGGCGCUCAACGACGCCUUAAGAUAUGCUGUCUAUGCAUACUCAUCACGGUGGGUCCAUCUGAGAGCAUCCUUCGUGACAUCUACUUUGUUGCAGCAACAGCAAACCUCUCGGCAGAUAGCGCAGCAACUCCAGGACGAAUUGUGGCACAAGGCAAGGUUGCAAAUAUUUCCAGCACUCACAAAUCCUAGCUACCGUUCAAUACUAGCCAUGUUACUAUUCUCAUUGACGGAAAUGCCGGCUCGAAAUGACGAUCCUGGAAUAAACGCACUCUGUGCUCAGACUUUGGUAUCACAUUUUCAUCGUGUACGGCACUUAUCAGCAUACUUAUGCACACAGCCACUGGCACAGUGCACAAGUGUUUCGCCGUAUGCUCAGACAUCACAUCACUCCAAUGUCCAGUAUGCCACCGAUGUUGAUGAUCAGAAAUACCGCCAUAUGCGCGAUUCUAUGUUAUGGUUAGGCAUCCUCUGUGAGAUGAGUCAAUCUGCUAUUCAAAAAUAUCCAAUGAUCAUUUUCACCGGCAACUGUGGAGAUGAGAAAGCGUGGAACUUCAUUCGUCAGCGGACUAUCAUUUUUGACAACUCUUUUCGCAUUCUCUACAAGUCAUUGACGCCACUAGCUGAGGAUGUUGUUGUAGUAUUAUUACAACAUGCGUCCGCAUGCAAAACCAUGUAUUAUGGUGUCAUCAAUCAGUUUCGAGAAUCACUGUCGCAAAGCAACCCUGAGGUUAUAACCGAGUUUGCCAGGAAAGUCUCCGACGAGCGCCAAAGGUUUCAUGAUGUCUUCGAUCAACUACUGACAAAAUGUGGCCGUGAUUAUCUGACCAUGACACCAGAAAGUCAGUUGAAUUAUUUUCUUCUUAUCUGCCACCAGUCAUUAGGCUCAUUGAUUCUGGCAAACAUACUUGAAUCGAUUCAUAGCAUGUCCCUUCCGCUGGAAAGCCCGUCAUCGAUUCGUCUACAGGCUUGUAGCGCAGUUGUACAGACUUUAAGUGUCGUUUUGAACUAUGAUCAGUUCUCAGCUGAAGACUCGACCAGCACCAGCAGACUACUUGCCGAUCCACUACCCGAGUUGAUGGUCGAAGUGCUAUCAGAAUGUGGCAAGGCAAUCUAUUCAUUACUCGAUAGCUGCGAACUCCUUCCAGGCUCGGCAAGGGUAAUGUUGGCAGUCAUAUCAAGCACAUUGACCCUGCUUUCUCAAAUUUCAAAGACAGCUAGCAUUGUCUUGUCGUCAUUCUUAGAAUUCGAAAGGACACAUCAGCUCAAGAUACAGGCCGACUUACCACCUCCAAGGGCUGUCACACCACGGACAGGAUCUGGCAGGUUUCCAGUCUGGGAUGAAAACCUCGCUCAUCAAUUCUUGCAGGAAGUGGAAUCUCGUAACGAUUUUGAUUCCAUAAGCCUCGAAACCAUUAUCCGAGAACAUGAUCGAACAGAUCUCAGAGAUUUUGAUGCAUCAUCAUUUGUGUACCCAACGACCUCUGAAGGUGAGCCUCAGACGCUCGAGGUCUGUACCUUGGCUUCGGUGCUACAGACCAGAACGAGUUGUGCAUACUGCUAUUCGAUCAUGGCCAUCUCACCAUACUUUGCAGCCAUUCUGGCAUGUCUCACCCUUCUUGCUGUGGAUUUCGUGCGAGUGGCGUUCAAGCGAGGCUUAAGAGAUAUUCCGGGCCCAUUUUUAGCAAGGCUGACCUCCUUUUAUCGCAUCAGCAUCACCUAUAAGGGACAGUCUGUCAAGAGCUAUCAUGAGCUCCAUAGAAAAUACGGGAAAAUUGUGCGCACAGGUCCAUAUCACGUUUCUGUGUCUGACCCGGAGGUCAUCCCCCUAAUAUAUGGCAUCGCGAGCAAGUUCAGAAAGUCCGCUUUCUACAGCACAUCCGUUCCAUUCUACGAAGGUCAGCCCCUCGAUAACAUGUUCACUGCUGUCAGUCCAGCACUUCACAAGGCUCUGAGAAGUCCCACCGCACAGGUAUACUCAAUGACCAACCUUCGAAAUUAUGAAACCCACGCAAACGAAUGCACCGAGAUAUUCAUCGCGUUGAUGAAGGAACUUGAAGGCCAGAAAGUGGAUCUUACGCAACAUUUUCAGUGGUUUGCAUUCGACGUGGUCGCUAUGAUUAGCUUUCAGAGGCGCUUGGGGUUUCUUGAAACUCGAAAUGACGUUUUUAGCAUGAUCGGUGUCGCUGAUACUUUCGCCAUGUACUUUGCAAUGAUCGGACAGUUGCCCUUUCUCCACCCAUAUCUAUUCGGGAACCGUAUGUUAAUACGAUUCUUGAAAUGGGCCGAUCCAUCGUUUCCCGAUAUUCUGGGUGACUUGUUUGAGCGAAUCGAACAUGAAAUGCAACUUUAUGAUAAAGAUGAGAAGGGAAAAGAUCGAAAGGAUUUCCUUGCGCAACUCAGAUCUAAGGAUGAUCCCUCAAGACCAGGUUACUCUAGGGACCUGAAAAAUCAUCUCUCAAAUAACAUACUUGCAGGAAGCGAUACGACUGCCGUUGCCCUUCGUGCCAUAUUCUACUAUGUGAUACGAGAUGCCCGCGUGUAUAAGAAUGUCAUGGUCGAGAUCGAUGAACAUGAUCAAGCAGGAAAGCUCUCUCCGUUAAUCACAUAUGAAGAGGCUCUGGCGAUGCCUUACCUGCAAGCUGUGAUCAAAGAAGCAAUGCGUCUCCAUCCAUCGAAUUGUUAUCCUCUUGAACGAGUCGUUCCUGAAGAGGGUGCAACCGUCUGUAACAUCGAUUUGCCCAAAGGUACGAUCAUAGCGACCACGGCACCACUCAUAAACUGCAACGAAGACAUUUUUGGCGCCGAUGCAAGAGAAUUCAGGCCAGAAAGAUGGUUAGAGAAUAGCGCUGAACGGCUGAAAGUGAUGGAAAGGACAUUCUUUACGGUAUGCCUCCCACCUUCCAUUUCUGACGGCCAAUUCCUUCCCCCAACACAGCAUGCACUUAUCUUGAUAUAUUAUAAUGAAAUCCAUACUGAUUACAGUCCCAAACAGUUCGGCCAUGGUUCAAGAGCAUGUAUAGGGAGAAACAUUGCAAUGUUGGAGAUCACAAAAUUCGUGCCUCAGAUCCUACGAACCUUUGAGAUGGAGUGGACAGCUGAAACUCCCGAGUGGGAGAUCUUUUCUGCAUGGUUUUACAAGCAGAAAAAUCUAGUGUUUAGGUGGAAAUCCAGAGCCAAAGGGAAUACUGCACAUACCACACCCAUAGCAUGA